AUGAGAAUUUUUCUUCGCCAUUGCUGGACACAAUCUCACGGUGGUUGGAAUGGAUGGGAGCUAUCUCAAGCCCUUUAUUACAAAAUAUUUGGUGAUAUCCCCGGACAAACCAUGAAUGUCCUACUUGCAACAAAUCAGAAUCCAAGUCACUACUACAUUGCUGGUAAUAUUGAAAAUGAGGAACCUACUGCAGCAGUCUUAGAAUACAUUGGCAAAUACACACCCCCAUCUUCACCUGUCUUCCCAUCCAGCCUCCCUGUAUUUAGAGACAUCAGGGCAGCAAAUGCAUUUUGGGCCCGUUUAAGGAGCUUAGCCAGCAAAGAACACUCUGUAUCUGUGCCAAAACACGUUGACCACCCUAUGUUCAUAGUUGUUUCUGAGAAGAUUAUCGCUUGCCCAAAUCGCUCAUGCGACUCAGAUAAUGGAAAUAGGAUUAGUUCAUCAAUGAACAAUAUAACCUUUCAGAAUCCCAUUGCAAAUAUACUACUUGCCUAUUACAGAAAUCUCAAUGAGAAGGAGAAGGGGAAUUGGGUUGGACUGAAGAGGGAUGGGCAUAAUGAGGGCCUGGUAGUUGAAGGGGUAAUGACAGAUAGAAUUGCAACUAAUGAAGAGAAUAAGUUAGUGGAGGAGUUGGUUAGAGGAGAGAAAGAGAAGCAUCACAAAACAGACAUAUGGCAGCAUAUGAAUGGGGAGGCUUCUGGCAUGAUGGGAAAGAGAGAGUUGUUUGUACAUAGGGAGAGUGUAAGGGUAGUGGAGAGGCAUAACAAAAAAUUGGGCAACAUUUGGUGGCCAAUGGCCUGGUUGAGCAGUCCCCGGGAUUUCCUUUGUUUUAAGGAGCUGAGCUUCUUUGUGUGGAUAAAUAAUACGAACAUAAGUGGGGUUUACACUCCUGAUUUUCCAGACUUUCCAGAGGUUUUUUAUGACUUCACAGAUCCUAAUUUGUCUAACAAUUAUACUGUACCAUCCAUAGCAACCAAGGUGAAGAUGAUUAACUUCAAUGAAACAGUGGAGAUAGUAUUUCAAGGGACUGAUACUGUUGGAGGGGCACAGGAUCAUCCUGUACAUAUGCACGGAUAUAGUUUUUAUGUGGUUGGAUUUGGACUUGGGGAUUUCAACAAUGAGACUGAUCCAAAAUCCUAUAAUUUGGUUGAUCCACCUGAAUUGAACACAAUUCGGGUUCCUAAGAAUGGAUGGGUUACAGUGCGGUUCACAGCAAAUAACCCAGAGACGAUCAUUUGCCAAAAUAAUUCUGAAAAUUCCCCCAACGAGAACCAUAUGAAGAAAAGGGGAUGGAAAGGGGUCUGGAUGUUGCACUGUCAUUUGACUAAGCAUCUUACCUGGGGCAUGAAAACUGUUCUCAUAGUGUUGAAUGGUGACACUCCUGAGACAAGUAUCCUUGAUCCCCCUCCCUCGAUGCCUUCUUGCAACUUUUCAUUCGUGAACUACAUCCAGAAGUUCAAACAUUCGGAUGUCGUGCAUCCUGUUGAGAUAAUUGGAAUGUGA